GGAAGAUCAUGUUUCUGGAGCUGGGGUCACGUGCCCCCUGGGCUACUUUCCGUGUGGCAAUAUCACAAAGUGUUUGCCCCAACAGCUUCACUGUAAUGGUGAGGAUGACUGCGGGAACCGGGCCGACGAAGACAACUGUGAGGACAACAAUGGAUGGUCUCUGCAAUUUGAUAAACACUAUACGAAGGACAAAUACAAUAAACUGAAAUCUCUGUAUGCAUUUCAGACAAAGACACCCGAGUGCUUGGCUGGUGCUGUGCCAGCAGAGUGUACCUGCCAAGGGCUGGAGAUCUUCUGCGACGCUGCCAAAUUGCGUGCUGUCCCGUCAUUCUCUUCAAACGUCACCAUAAUGUCUCUUCAGAGGAAUCUGCUAAGGAAACUUUCUGCUGACGUUUUCAAGAAAUACCAUGACCUUAAAAAUCUGUACCUUCAGAAUAAUAAAAUCAGAGCUGUAUCUGAACAUGCUUUCAAAGGUUUAUACAACCUCACAAAACUAUACCUGAGCAACAACAAGAUAAGCAGUUUGAAGCCUCGUGUCUUUGAAGAUCUACACAGACUUGAAUGGCUGAUAAUUGAAAAUAACAGGCUAAAUCGGAUCUCUCCAUUAACAUUUUAUGGACUCAAAUCACUUAUUCUCCUAGAGAUGAUGAAUAAUUCUCUUGCUCGUUUGCCUGAUAAGCCUCUGUGCCAGUAUAUGCCAAGACUAAACUGGCUAGACCUUGAAGGCAACCAUAUCCAUCAUGUAAGAAAUGUCACUUUCAUCUCCUGCAGCACCCUAACUGUACUGGUGAUGAGACGGAAUAAAAUCAGCUCUUUAAAUGAAAACAGCUUUUCUUCUCUCCAGAUGUUAGAUGAAUUAGAUUUGGCUAGCAACAAGAUUGAAUCACUUCCUCCGUAUAUAUUUAAGGAUCUAAAGGAGCUUUCACAACUGAACCUAUCUUACAACCCAAUCAAGAAAAUACAAAUAGACCAGUUUGAUUUUCUAAUUAGACUUAAAUCCCUCUUGGAGGGCAUUGAAAUUGCAAACAUCCAGAGAAGAAUGUUCAGACCACUGAGAAACCUUUCACACAUAUAUUUUAAGAAAUUCCAGUACUGUGGAUAUGCCCCUCAUGUGCGCAGCUGUAAGCCCAAUACUGACGGGAUUUCAUCCCUUGAGAAUCUUUUAGCUAGCAUCAUACAGAGAGUGUUUGUCUGGGUUGUAUCUGCCAUCACCUGCUUUGGAAAUAUUUUUGUUAUCUGCAUGAGGCCUUACAUCAGAUCAGAGAAUAAGCUUCACGCCAUCUCAAUAAUGUCUCUCUGCUGUGCUGACUGUCUGAUGGGAAUAUAUUUAUUUGUGAUUGGAGCUUUUGAUCUUAAAUAUCGCGGAGAAUACAACAAGCACGCUCAGUUGUGGAUGGACAGUAUUCAUUGUCAAUUGGUGGGAUCGCUGGCUAUUCUGUCUACAGAGGUGUCGGUCUUACUGUUGACUUACCUGACUUUGGAAAAAUACAUCUGCAUAGUUUAUCCUUUUAGGUGUUUGAAGCCCAGAAAAUGCAGGACAAUUUCCAUUUUGGUUCUUAUCUGGAUAAUUGGGUUUGCUGUUGCUUUUAUCCCCCUGAGCAACAAGGAAUUUUUCAGGAACUACUAUGGCACCAACGGCGUCUGUUUUCCUCUUCACUCAGAACAAUCAGAAAGUUCAGGAAGUCAGAUUUAUUCUGUUGUGAUUUUUUUAGGUGUAAACUUGGCAGCCUUUAUCAUCAUUGUGUUUUCCUAUGGGAGUAUGUUCUACAGUGUUCACCAAACAGCUAUCACGGCUACUGAAAUUCGGAAUCAUAUUAAAAAAGAGAUGAUCCUUGCUAAACGAUUUUUCUUCAUUGUGUUUACUGAUGCACUAUGUUGGAUACCCAUUUUUAUUUUGAAACUCCUUUCUCUACUUGAAGUAGAAAUACCAGGUACCAUAACUUCUUGGGUGGUGAUUUUUAUACUGCCAAUAAAUAGCGCUUUGAAUCCUCUUCUCUACACUUUGACUACACGACCUUUCAAAGAAAUGAUUCACCAGGUUUGGUAUAAUUACAGACAAAGAAGAUCCAAAAGAGGUAAAGGCAGUCAGAAAACGUAUGGUCCAUCAUUCAUUUGGGUAGAGAUGUGGCCAAUGCAUGAAAUCACACCAAAGCUAACGAAGCCUGUGCUUUGUACAGACUCCUCUGACGCUUCGGUGACCACACAGUCGACGAGACUAAAUUCAUACACGUAAAUAAAUACAUUUUGAAUCUUCGCGAUGACAUCUGCACUGUUAGCUUCACAUCUGUGGGCUUACUGCUUUACAGCAAUGAGGAAAAAUGAGGGAGGUAUGUAUGACACUUGGGCUCACGGGCACCCAAGCAGGAAGAAGAGGGAGCAGCGUGCCUGUUUGCAGGUAGAACUG